AUGAUGUGCGAGGUGAUGCCGACCAUCAGCGAAGCCGAAGGCUCCCCAGGAGGAAGUGGGAGUCAUGGGUCCCGCUCCCCAUCCCAGCCCGACGCAGAUUCACAUUUCGAACAACUGAUGGUGUCCAUGCUGGAAGAGAAGGACCGUCUUCUGGACACGCUGAGAGAGACUCAGGAAACGCUGGCAUUGACCCAGGGGAAGUUGCACGAGGUCGGUCACGAGCGAGACUCCUUGCAGAGGCAGCUCAACACUGCGCUCCCACAGGAGUUCGCGACACUUACCAAGGAGCUCAACGUCUGCAGGGAGCAGCUCCUGGAGAGAGAGGAAGAGAUCGCAGAACUGAAGGCGGAGCGGAACAACACCAGGCUGCUGCUGGAGCACUUGGAGUGCCUCGUGUCCCGGCACGAGCGGUCGCUGCGCAUGACGGUGGUGAAGCGGCAGGCACAGUCCCCGGCGGGCGUGUCCAGCGAGGUGGAGGUGCUCAAAGCCCUCAAGUCCUUGUUCGAGCACCACAAAGCCCUGGACGAAAAGGUGAGGGAGCGGCUGCGAGUAGCACUUGAAAGGUGUAGCUUGUUAGAAGAAGAACUCGGGGCCACACAUAAAGAGCUAAUGAUUCUUAAAGAACAGAAUAAUCAGAAAAAAACGUUAACCGACGGAGUGCUUGACAUGAACCACGAGCAAGAAAAUACGCCGAGCACAAAUGGAAAGAGAUCUUCUGACGGUUCUUUAAGCCACGAGGAAGACCUUGCCAAAGUCCUCGAGCUCCAGGAAAUCAUAGACAAGCAGUCAGAGGAGCAGAGCCAGAUGAAGGAGCGCCUGGCCGCGCUCUCCAGUCACGUGGCGGAGCUGGAGGAGGACCUGGACACCGCCAGGAAGGACCUCAUCAAGUCUGAGGAGGCCAACACCAAGCUACAGCGUGAUGUCCGCGAAGCCCUGGCCCAGAAGGAGGACAUGGAGGAAAGGAUCACUACUCUCGAGAAACGCUACCUCGCAGCACAGCGCGAAGCCACCUCUGUGCAUGACCUCAACGAUAAACUUGAAAAUGAGAUUGCAAAUAAGGACUCUAUGCAUCGGCAGACCGAGGACAGGAACCGGCAGCUGCAGGAGCGCCUGGAGCUCGCUGAGCAGAAGCUGCAGCAGACCCUGCGGAAGGCCGAGACGCUCCCCGAGGUGGAGGCCGAGCUGGCGCAGAGGGUGGCUGCGCUCUCCAAGCCUGACCUCUUGUCUUCGGGAAGCUGUGCCGCUAAGGAAGCUAGACUGUUCGAACUCACUUCCCAGCUUAGGAAGGCCGAGGAGAGGCACGGCAACAUCGAGGAGAGGCUCCGGCAGAUGGAGGCCCAAUUGGAGGAGAAGAACCAGGAGCUGCAGCGGGCGAGACAGAGAGAAAAAAUGAAUGAGGAGCAUAACAAGCGUCUGUCAGACACAGUGGACAAGCUUCUUUCGGAAUCCAACGAGAGGCUUCAGCUCCAUCUCAAGGAGAGAAUGGCCGCUCUGGAGGACAAGAAUUCUCUGUUGCGAGAAGUUGAAACUGCGAAGAAGCAGUUAGAAGAGGCACAACACGAUAAGGAUCAGCUUGUCCUCAACGUGGAGGCGCUGAGAGCGGAGUUAGACCAAACGCGGCUGAGAGGCGCGUCCCUUCAUCACGGCCGGCCGCACUUGGGCAGUGUCCCCGAUUUCCGGUUCCCUGUGGCAGAUGGCCCCACGGACUCCUACAGCAGCGGUGCAGUGUUGCGGCGCCCCCAGAAGGGCCGUCUGGCUGCUCUGCGAGAUGAGCCUUCCAAGGCAAGGACUCUAAAUGAGCAGGACUGGGAGCGCGCCCAGCAAGCCAGCGUGCUGGCAAACGUGGCCCAGGCAUUCGAGAGUGAUGUUGAUGUGUCUGAUGGCGAAGACGACAGGGACACUCUCUUCAGUUCGGCUGCUCUGCUGUCACCCGGUGGGCAGGCCGAUGCCCAGACGCUGGCCAUGAUGCUUCAGGAGCAGCUGGACGCCAUCAACAAAGAGAUCAGGCUGAUCCAGGAAGAGAAGGAGAGCACCGAGCAGCGGGCGGAAGAGAUUGCGAGCCAGGUGGGCAGCAGCACUUCAGACAGCCCGGGCCGGUUCCGGUCUGGGGGUGCUGCCCCCCCACACCCCACAUCCACACUCACAGGCCCGUCCCCUCCGCACAGCGGGCGCUCCACUCCGCGAAGGGGCCCACACAGCCCCGCCAGGGAGGUGGACAGACUGGGGGUCAUGACGCUGCCUAGUGAUUUAAGGAAACAUCGUAGAAAGGUGCCGGCUUCCCGGGAAGAGGUACGAGAUGACAAGGCAACGAUAAAAUGUGAAACAUCCCCCCCCUCCUCCCCGAGAUCCCUCCGCCUAGACAGGCUGCACAAAGGAGCCCUGCACACGGCCAGCCACGAGGACAUCAGGGACGUUAGAAACUCCACGGGCUCCCAGGACGGGCCUGUGAGCAACCCCAGCAGCAGCAGCAGCAGCCAGGACUCGCUGCACAAGGCCCCCAGGAAGAAGGGCAUCAAGUCCUCCAUCGGCCGGCUCUUCGGCAAGAAGGAGAAGGGCCGUCCCGGCCACGCCGGCAAGGAGCACACGGGACCAGCUGCUGCUUCGGAGACGGAAAACUCCUCUCAGGACGCCCUGGGACUCGGCAAACUGGGAGGACAGGCCGAAAAAAACCGUAAACUUCAAAAAAAGCAUGAAUUGCUCGAGGAAGCCCGGAGACAGGGUUUGCCUUUCGCACAGUGGGAUGGACCGACCGUGGUGGUUUGGCUGGAGCUGUGGGUCGGGAUGCCCGCCUGGUACGUGGCCGCCUGCCGAGCCAACGUGAAGAGCGGCGCCAUCAUGUCUGCGCUGUCGGACACAGAGAUCCAGCGGGAGAUCGGCAUCAGCAACCCGCUGCACCGGCUCAAGCUGCGGCUGGCCAUCCAGGAGAUCAUGUCCCUGACCAGUCCGUCAGCCCCUCCCACCUCGAGAACGACCACGGGAAAUGUCUGGCUAACGCAUGAGGAGAUGGAAACGCUCGCAGCCGCGCCACAAACGGAGGAUGAGGAGGGAAGCUGGGCUCAGACCCUGGCCUACGGGGACAUGAACCACGAGUGGAUAGGCAAUGAGUGGCUGCCCAGCCUGGGCCUGGCGCAGUACCGGAGCUACUUCAUGGAGUGCCUGGUGGACGCGCGCAUGCUGGACCACCUGACCAAGAAGGACCUGCGGGGGCAGCUGAAGAUGGUGGACAGCCUCCACAGAAACAGUUUCCAGUGUGGAAUCAUGUGCCUGCGGAGAUUAAAUUAUGACCGAAAAGAACUGGAGAAGAAAAGAGAAGAAAGCCAGAAUGAAAUAAAAGAUGUGCUGGUUUGGAGCAACGAUCGCGUGAUUCGCUGGAUCCUGUCGAUCGGCCUCAAAGAAUACGCCAACAAUCUCCUCGAGAGCGGCGUCCACGGUGCGCUGAUGGCCUUGGACGAGACCUUCGACGCCAACGCCCUGGCGCUCCUGCUGCAGAUCCCAACUCAGAACACGCAGGCUCGCGCUGUCUUGGAGAGAGAGUUUAACAACCUUCUGGUCAUGGGGACUGACAGAAGGUUCGAUGAAGAUGACGAUAAAAGCUUUAGGAGGGCACCUUCCUGGAGGAAAAAGUUUAGACCAAAAGACGUUCGUGGCUUAGCUGCUGGGUCAGCAGAGACUCUCCCCGCAAACUUCCGGGUCACUUCUCUGUCCUCGCCCUCUGUGCAGCCAAAGAAGAUGCAGCUGGACGGCGGCGUGUCAGGACCGCAGAGGCUGGAUUCCGCCACGGUCAGGACUUACUCCUGCUGACGCCUCCUGCGGUUUACCCGCACUACUUCUACAGAUGAUUAUGCAGCAUUUUGAAUCCAACAAAGACUACAUUUUAAAGUUCAAUGGAAUCUUUAAUCUGUUAAUACUUGUUAUAUUGACCCGUGAAAUAUUUUAUUACAGAGUUUUUAAUUAGCAAAAAAUUCAUGAAUACCAUAGAGAAAAUAUUUUAGAAUUUAAUGUUUCUUAUAUUUAUGUAAACUUAUGACUUCAUUUACAUAGUUACUGACUUUUUCAUGUAUAUCCAGGCUAUAAAUAUCCUUUCAAAUCAAUUCAUGUUCUUUUAUCUAAUUUUAGUCGUUCAGAUGAAUGUACUGUAAUGCUUGUAUGUAUAAAUCCCAAGAACCAAUCUAGGGCUUUUGUAAAUUGUGCAUUUAUUGUAAUUACCAUUGCUUUGUUAUUAAUAAACGCUGACAGAGAGGAUUUUUCCACGCUCGUAAAGUCAUCAUGACACAACGUGUGCUGUCAAACGGAACCCAGCUCCACAACAAUCAUUUUGAAAGAAGCAGACUCGAUUUCAAGCAACUGUUAUAUUUUAAUGACUGACCUUAAGUCUACUUUUUCUAGCAAGAAAUGCUUUAUUCCACAGCCUGAACAGAUUUAAACUAUCUGGUGUUAAGUAUCAGCUUCGGAAAAUUUGGACUGGAAAGAUUAUUGGAACACUAUGGGAAUCUCUUAGGACCCCUGGACUCUAUAGCCUCGCCCCCCGGGGGGGCUCGGGGCAAGCUGAGGAUCCUGAGGGCCUGGGAGGGGGGGGUCCUGGGCGCCCUCCUGGUGCGGAGCUCGCUGGCGAGGACUCUCAGAGGACCAGUCCGGAAGCACUGCCCCCCCCCCCCCCCAGCUGGGUGCCCGCAGGGGAGGAGGGCGCCAUCCUGGAAAUAAUGUUGUGCAACUCUAACAAGGCCUUACUGUUCUUAUGUAAAUCAUCUUUUUACAUUUGUUUGUAAACAUGUUUAAAGAAUGGACCUAGUCGUACAUUUUUAGACUUUGAUGAGAUAGCCCUUUUGGAUUGUAUAAGGAGCAAAUGUAACUCUUCUUUCUCCUGGGCAUAUUAAAAAGCCAGCAAGAAAUGUGUCCGACCACGGUGCGUUAUUUAUUAUGCCGCUGAUAGCGCUGGAAACGGCAUGUCUUUCUACAUUUGGUUUCUGCUUUUCAUUUACUCGUACAAUUCACUGUUACCGCUAUGUUUUUCUAUUAAUCUUUUGUGAAACUUCCUGACUAUGUAACAAAGUCUGUACAGUCUACUUUGAGCUAUUUUUAUCACAGUAUUAUUUAUUGCUGUCUUUCAAUACAGUACUGAAGCGUUUUCCACUGCCAAUAAAGAAUACUGACAACCA